AUGGAUGCAACCGCUGAUGAUUUGUUAUCGUUUAAGGAGUUUCCACUAAUAAACGAGUCAAGUGGGAGUCAAAGCGCCCAAAUAAAUAUAAAUUCUCCGCAACGAAGUUUUGGCAGUGGAGAGGAACAAGAUGAAUCAUCACCAAAAGGGACAGGCGACAACUCAGCAAAAUCGGCAUCAAUUUUUAGCUUCGAAUACUAUCAAAAGUUCUUCGACGUUGACACCAUGAUCGUGGUGGAUCGAAUUGCAACUUCGAUGAUUCCCAAGCGUGCUCCAGCGAACUACUUGAAGCUUAACAUAGCAACGAAUCCUGAUCUAUACGGACCUAUUUGGAUUGUAUUAACACUGAUAUUUACCAUUGCGAUAUCGGGCAAUAUGGCAAGUUAUUUCCAGCAUUUGGGUGAUCAUAAAUGGCGGUAUAAUUUCCAUCUCGUAUCCUAUUCCGCCACGAUCAUCAUACUCUACACGGUGUUAGUGCCCACUGCUUUAUGGGGAUUCUUAAAAUGGAGCGUUCGACCGAAUGACCUGGACAUCGAGGAGGAUGAGCCCAGUUCACCUAGCUUGAUAUCAUUGAUCUGUAUAUAUGGCUACUCGUUGGCUAUUUACAUUCCGGUUUCUGUUCUCUGGACUGUGCAAGUAUCAUUGUUCCAGUGGCUGCUCGUAAUUACAGGGACGUUUCUUUCUGGCUUUGCACUGCUGACAAUUCUAAUGCCUGCAGUAAGAAAGUCGACGUUUUCGCUCUUUAUCGUCCUAGCCAUUGAACUAGCUCACUUUACGCUAGCAGCAGGCUUUAUGCUGUGGCUGUUUCAUGUACCAAACACGGAAACUCCUGUUGAAACCCCCUUGCACAAAGUUACCACGGCUGUAAUAGUCAAUGCUACAAUGCCAAGCAAGCAUGUCUAA